CAGCCAGGGACUGUGACAUCACUGAGUGAAGAUGCAGAGAAGGGGCUUGGGGGCCUCCAACAGGGGAGCAGCCAGGGCCCCAGCAAGAUGGGGGACCCCAAAAAGAACAGGGCAGCUGGGCAUCACGAGAUUUGAGGCGGUGGGACCUGUUGGCAGAAUGUCUUCUCUCCCUGCAAGCGACCCUGAGGCCACCAAGAUGAGCCCCGCGGCCGGGCCUGUGAGUGCGCCCAGGUGUCAGUAGCUGGGAGCCGAGGGCCACCGGACGCAAUGGUGUACUAGGCCGAGCGCGGACUCAGCUUUCGCACUCGGAUCUCACGGCAGAGUCACCGUGGAGAGGCCAGGGUACCACAAACUUAUGGAUUUUGACAAGAAAGGAGGGAAGGGGGAGUUGGAGGAGGGCCGGAAAAUGUCCAAGACGGGCACGAGCCGGAGCAACCACGGCGUCCGCAGCUCGGGGACCAGCUCGGGGGUCCUGAUGGUGGGCCCCAACUUCCGGGUCGGCAAGAAGAUAGGCUGUGGGAACUUUGGAGAGCUUCGCCUAGGAAAGAACCUGUACACAAACGAGUACGUGGCUAUCAAGCUGGAGCCCAUCAAGUCCCGGGCCCCGCAGCUGCACCUGGAGUACCGCUUCUACAAGCAGCUUAACACGGCAGAGGGCGUCCCUCAGGUCUACUACUUCGGCCCAUGCGGGAAGUAUAACGCCAUGGUGCUGGAGCUGCUGGGGCCCAGCCUGGAGGACCUGUUCGACCUGUGCGACCGCACCUUCACGCUGAAGACGGUGCUGAUGAUCGCCAUCCAGCUGAUCACGCGCAUGGAGUACGUGCAUACCAAGAGCCUCAUCUACCGCGAUGUGAAGCCCGAGAACUUCCUGGUGGGGCGGCCGGGCAGCAAACGGCAGCACGCCAUCCACAUCAUCGACUUCGGGCUGGCCAAGGAGUACAUCGACCCCGAGACCAAGAAGCACAUCCCGUACCGCGAGCACAAGAGCCUGACGGGCACGGCGCGCUACAUGAGCAUCAACACGCACCUGGGCAAGGAGCAGAGCCGCCGGGACGACCUGGAGGCGCUGGGACACAUGUUCAUGUACUUCCUGCGCGGCAGCCUGCCCUGGCAGGGGCUCAAGGCCGACACGCUGAAGGAGCGCUACCAGAAGAUCGGGGACACCAAGCGCGCCACGCCCAUCGAGGCGCUGUGCGAGAGCUUCCCGGAGGAGAUGGCCACCUACCUGCGCUACGUGCGGCGCCUGGACUUCUUCGAGAAGCCGGACUACGACUACCUGAGGAAGCUCUUCACCGACCUCUUCGACCGCAGCGGCUACGUGUUCGACUACGAGUAUGACUGGGCCGGGAAGCCCCUGCCGACACCUAUCGGCACCGUGCACACUGACGCCCCCUCCCAGCCGCCGCACCGCGACAAAGCCCCGCCCCACAGCAAGAACCAGGCGCUGAACUCCACUAAUGGGGAGCUGAACGCCGACGACCCCACCGCCGGCCACUCCAACGCCCCCAUCGCCGCCCCCGCGGAGGUCGAGGUGGCCGAUGAAACCAAGUGCUGCUGCUUCUUCAAGAGGAGGAAGAGAAAAUCGCUGCAGCGGCACAAGUGAGGCGAGCGGCCGUCCCCGGAGCCCGGCCGCGUCCAGGAGGCCGCUGCGGUGUCCUCGGCGCCAUGGGCUCCUUGGCCCAACGUGAGGCGGCGUCCUCGGGGCCUCGGGGUCCCUUCCUUCACGCAGGACUUUGGCGGAAAUGUCUGCGCCCACGUGGCGUCCCCUUGGAGAGCACUGACUAUUUAACACCGGGAGAGAAGCGUCCCGCCGCCCCCCGGUUAGCUCAUAAAGUCCAGCUUGUCCCCUCGA